AUGUUAUUGUUCCAAUCACCUCAUAAGCUUAUCAUUGCAGUCAUUCUUAUAUGCAUCACCCAGUCUUCCUUCACAUCCUCCAAAACGACCGUAACAUGUGUGAACGGCUUUGGUGUCCAAUCGCCUGCAACUACAGCAGGGUGCAACGACAACAAUUUUAGUAGCUGGAAUUGCCCAACGGCCAGUUGCCAAAAAGAUGGACAUCAAUGGGUUCUAAUGACAAACUGUGUUCUCGCCGGAGUCGCGGGAACAAGCAAACAACAAUGUGCCAGUUACAAUCCUGGAGCCGAUCCUACUAAAUAUGAAUGUAGAAACUCAGGCGGUCAGAGUUAUCUUUGCCCUUACACGCCGGCUAAUGUUCCUACCAUCACAUGUAAAGAUUGUACAAUGCCUCAUCCAGAGUCCAAGCCGAAACCAGUGGGUCCUAAACCCAGGAGAAAAUAG